AUUCAAUCCACAAACACAUGGAGCAACAUGAAUGGUUUGUCUUGCUUUGAGAGUUACUCAUAAUUCUCUAACAACUACUUCCUAAUCCUGGUUACUCAAGCUAAUCACCAUAUUUAACUACGAACUCCACUUAAUCACAAAAGGGGGAAUUCACUUACAUAUAUAGUCUCUUCCCCUCUGUUUGAGGCUAACAUGGGGAUGGAAGUUCAGAAUCUACAAAAGUUGGUCAAGACAGCACCAUCCAAAGCUUUGGUUAUCAGAAUCAACUUGUUUUUUCUUGCCAUCUUUCUGGUUGGUUAUGCAACCCUUCUUCUCCGUCCAUCUUCUUCAGUCUAUUUUGACAAUGCAGCUUCCCUUGUCAAGUGCUCCUUGAGAGAAUGCCAUCACAAGGCAGAAAACAGCAUAAAAAUGAAAGCUGUAUUGGAGGAAAUGCCUCAAGCAGAAUCAAGGAGGCCAAAGAAGAAUGUGACUAAGAUAGAGGUACCUAGCUUCUUUGGUGAAAUAGGGAGAGGAAUGAAGAUAGGAAUGGUGAACAUGGAUGAAGAUGAUGAUGAUGUGAGUGAAUGGAGCACCUAUGGAGAAACAUUACAAGUUCAUUUUGAUAAGGUAUCACAGUUUUUCAACUGGACAGAUUUAUUUCCUGAGUGGAUAGAUGAGGAGGAAGAGAGUGAUGUGCCAUCAUGCCCUGAGAUUCCUAUGCCAGAGUUUGCAACAUAUAAAAAUGUGGAUGUGAUAGUAGCAAAAUUGCCAUGCAAGUACCCUGAAGAAGGAUGGGCCAGGGAUGUUUUCAGGCUGCAAGUUCAUCUUAUUGUGGCAAACAUGGCAGUGAAGAAGGGAAAGAGGGAUUGGAAAUGGAAGACCAAGGUGGUGUUGUGGAGCAAGUGUAGGCCAAUGUUGGAGCUGUUUAGGUGUGAUGAUUUGGUUAAGCAUGAAGGUGAGUGGUGGUUGUAUGAGGUAGAUGUCAAGAGGUUGGAGCAGAAGGUUUCAUUGCCUGUUGGGUCUUGCACUUUGGCUUUGCCUCUAUGGGAACAAGGCAUCGACAAGGUGUAUGACAUGUCCAAGGUAGAACGAAGCGUUCGAAGCAAAACAAGAGCCAAACGCGAGGCCUACGCCACCGUGCUCCACUCCUCCGAGGGCUACGUCUGCGGCGCAAUCACCCUCGCACAGACCCUCCUCCAAACCGGAACCAACCGCGACCUCAUCCUCCUCCUCGACCGCUCCAUCUCCGCCCCCAAACGCCACGCCCUCGCCGCCGCAGGCUGGAAGAUCCGUCUCAUAACCCGGAUACGAAACCCACGCGCCGAGAACGGCACCUACAACGAGUACAACUACAGCAAGCUCCGCCUCUGGCAACUCACCGACUACCACAAAGUCAUCUUCAUCGACGCCGACAUCAUCGUGCUCCGCCGCCUCGACAUCCUCUUCCACUUCCCGCAGAUGACAGCGACGGGGAACGACCAGUCAAUCUUCAACUCCGGAAUCAUGGUAAUCGAACCGUCGAACUGCACGUUCCACGCGCUGAUGAAUCGCCGGCACGACGUGGUUUCGUACAACGGCGGUGACCAGGGGUUUCUGAACGAGAUCUUCGUGUGGUGGCACAGGCUGCCGAGGAGAGUGAACUACCUGAAGAAUUUCUGGGCGAACACGACGGUGGAGGCGAGGGUGAAGAACGAGCUGUUCGGGGCGGAGCCGGCGAAGGUGUAUGCGAUUCACUAUCUUGGGUUGAAGCCGUGGCAUUGUUACAGGGACUAUGACUGUAACUGGGAUGUGGGGGAUCAGAGGGUGUACGCGAGUGAUGUGGCGCAUGCGCGGUGGUGGAAGGUGCAUGAUGCGAUGGAGGAGCCGUUGCAGCGGUUUUGUAGGCUGACGAGGCGGCGGAGGACGGAGCUGAACUGGGAGAGGCGGAAGGCGGGGAAGUUGGGGUUGCCGGAUCAGCAUUGGAAGAUCAAUAUCACGGAUCCUAGAAGAGCUGGUUCACUUUUGAUUGAUUAAUUAAUUAGGGUUGUUGUAUACAUACAAUUUUUAUUUUUAUUUUUAUUUUUUCUCCUACUAAUAAUUUUGUUUUUAUAACUUUUGCUUCAUAUAUGUAUGUAUGUAUGUAGUACCUUCUUGGUGCAGAGGACAGACAUAGUUCAUGUGGAGAGGUUUUAUGUGAAGAUUAUUAUUUA